AUGUUUCUCGUGUGGGAUGAUGACGAACAGGAUCCAGAUAUUGUCAAGAUUGUCAAUGCAAUCCAUGACCCCAAUUUCAAGUUCUCAAAAAACCAUUGGCCUUGGAAGGUGUUUUGGGUGCACACAUCGUCAAGUCAGAAGCCGGAAAGAGGAGCCUUCCCUCAGAUGAAUCAAGUCGCAAGAGAUCCCGCACAGCCUCUGCAUCUGCCGCAUCAUUCGUUGAUCAAACUUCUCACCGAGAAGGUUGAAUCUGUAGAGCGUGCGGUAGAAGAGUUGACUACGGGGUCGGCGAAGCACACUGAGGAAGAGCCAACCCAGCAGCAGGGCACUGGAUCCAAGAAGCAUGAAGGGAGUAAUUCAGAGAAAGAUGAUGCUCCGAUGAAAGCUAAUGUCAACGUUGGUGCGUGUGAGAGUGUUAACGGCCCCGGGGAUGCAAAAGGAAAGAAGGCUGCCGUGAAUGAAGAAGAGGCCCCAGAGCCUAGUAUUUGUGAAAUUGACCCAAAGACGUGUGAUGUAGACUUCGACACGGUUGCACUUGCCAAAAAUGCCAAAGCCAGUGAAGCGGCUCAGCUAGUUGCCCGAGCAACGAGUGCCCGACACCGCCAGCUGGCUGUGACACAGAAGAGUCCCUUCUUAAGAAACAACACCGCAAAGGCCAUCAUUCCAUCGUCGGCAUCUCACUCCGGCCGUGCCCGUGGAUAUGAUCAUUUUGAUCAAACCGGUGUCAGGGCGAAGCAUACCACUCUAAUGAAUUUUAUCAAAUCAAACCCUGCCUGGCCAAAACGCCCAAAAAACUCUUCGAUCGAUUGGUAUUACAUUCUCCGGACACCGACGAAAUGGCUAGCUGAUACGCACAUGGAAGCUUACAUCAACCUACUCAAGCUGCGAUUAUCCAAGCAUCCGGAGUGGUUUGUAUCUGACCGGAUUUGCUUCCUGAACUCCAUGUUUGCUACUGUUUGGAGGCGUGACUACGAAGACUUCAAAAAAUCCGAGCCGAAUGCAGAUGGGUCUGGCAAACUUCUGCCGCCUGGAGCAUAUUCGUACUACACUGGCGAAUUACCUAUCUUCUGCCAGACUAAGAAGACGUGGGCAUAUGAUGUGGACUCGUUGUACUCCAUGUUGAACAUUAGGGAGGACCAUUGGGUAGCAAUAUGGGUCUCAUUUGUGACCAAGCAUAUCACGGUUUGGGAUAGCCAUGCGCGAACCAGACAUGCAUCUGACGAACAAAUUGCUGAAGCUGUGGAGCCUCAUGCGGUUAUGAUACCCUACCUUCUUCAGACCUGUGCACCUGACGAUGACAAGUGGAGAUUCCCCUACACGCCGUUCACCCAUUCGCGAGUACCAGGUACGGAGAUACCUCAAAACAUUCAGAGUGGUGAUUGCGGAGUGUACUGCCUGAAGUACAUCGAGUGUCAUGCAUUGGAUUUGCCAUUUCCUCUGGAACUCUGCGAUAAAAACAUGCGAAAAAUCAGGGAGAAAAUGGCUGCAGAGAUCUAUGACGAAACAGAAUGUAAGGACCAUGAUAAGCUAGAUGCAACCGGGCUGGAUGUUUAUGAUAGGCAAGCUUAG